GUAAUAGUAUAGUUACACCAUAAUUUUGGAUAAUCAUCAGCUAAGUACUCAACUUGUACAGUUUUCAAUUGGUGAAUGGUAUUACGGUAAUUAAGCCAUACGAUCAUGUCGACAACACCCUAGGGAGCACCCCAGCUAAUAAUUCCCCAUUAUGACGCACCACCCCCAAAAAGAUACCAAAUAGGCAAAUAGCUAAAUUGCCGCUCAAUUUUUCUUUUCUCCUCUUGGGGAAAGCGUUUUAGUUUCAGUUUAAGUCACUGCUCAUCCGACUUUCUUCUUUUCAGAACCCAAAAUCUCACUUCCUUACUACCUGUCGACUGUCGUCGUCUCUGCAGUUUCCUUCCCCUCCUUCCACUCUGCAACAACCUACUUCUGUAAUCUCCACUUCUCCUUCCACUUGGAAGUAGGGAGACGAAGAGAGAGGGAUAUGAUUCUCUCGGCCCUGCUCACUUCAGUUGGAAUCAAUCUCGGCCUCUGUUUCUUGUUCUUCACUCUCUACUCCGUGCUCCGGAAGCAGCCGUGGAACACCGCCGUCUACGCUCCACGCCAGCUCGCGAAGCAAAGACGAAAAUCUCAGAACGGCGGCGACGAGGAGGAGGAGGAUGGUUUCUUCAACUUCGACAUGCUGUUGCCUUCCGCUGGCUGGGUGCGACGCGCGUGGCAGGUCUCCGAGGACGAAUUGCUCUGCCGCUCCGGCCUCGAUGCUGUUGUUUUCAUACGCAUUUUCGUCUUCAGCUCGAGAGUGUUCGCGAUCGGCGGAGCGAUUGGGAUUUUCGUUCUCCUUCCGGUGAACUACUUGGGGAAUCAAUUGAGUAUCGACUUCUAUGAUUUGCCGAACAAGAAUCUGGAAACUUUCAGUAUAUCGAAUGUUAAUGAUGGAUCAAACUGGUUAUGGGUUCACUUUUCGGCUGCAUACAUCUUUACUGGAGUUGUCUGCUACCUUCUUUAUUAUGAGUAUAACCACAUCUCCCUGAGAAGGAUUGCUUCUUUUCACUCAUCUCCGCCUCAGCCACAUAACUAUACGAUAGUAGUCCGUGGUAUACCGUCUUCAGGAGGAAGAAGCUUUAGUGAAGCUGUCCAGGCGUUUUUUACUGAUAAUCAUCCAUCUACAUAUCUUUCGCACGUGGUGGUUCAUCGUACGAGCAAAAUUCGAAGUCUCAUUAAAGAUGCAGAGAAACUAUACAGAACGCUUGCCCGGGUGAAAUCACAGAGUUCGCAGCAAAUAAAUAAAAGAGAUAGAUUAUUGGGCCUCUUCCGGGGAAGGGAUACUGAUGUCAGCCAUUAUGAGCAAAAGUUGGAAGAUUUGGAGAGAAAUGUGAGAACAGAACAGCAUUCUUUGACUGGGGAGUUGCCUAACACCAGCGUUGAAGUUCCAGCUGCUUUUGUGUCCUUCAAGUCGCGAUUUGGUGCUGCAGUAGCUCUUCAUAUGCAACAAGGUGCCGAUCCCACAGAGUGGCUCACAGAGGAAGCUCCUGAGCCUCGUGACAUCCAUUGGUCGUCCUUUUCUUCUUCAUUCAUGAAAAGAUGGAUUAGCAGGAUAGUUGUCGUGGUUGCGUGUGUUGCCCUCACAAUUCUCUUCCUUAUUCCAGUUGUUUUAGUGCAAGGUCUGGCUAAUCUGGAGCAGCUGGAAACUUGGUUUCCUUUCCUGAAAGGCAUUCUAGAUCUGACCAUUGUCAGCCAAAUCGUUACUGGAUAUUUACCAAGUCUCAUUCUGCAGCUGUUCCUGUAUCUGGUGCCACCUAUUAUGUUAAUGUUGUCCUCUAUGGAGGGAUAUCUUUCAUCUAGCAGCACAGAAAAAAGCGCAUGUACCAAGGUUUUGUGGUUUACAAUAUGGAACAUCUUUUUUGCAAAUGUACUAUCAGGUUCAGCUUUCUAUCAGGUGAAUAUCUUCCUUGAACCGAAGAAUAUUCCCAAAAUACUAGCUGAAGCUGUUCCAGGUCAGGCAACCUUCUUUAUCUCAUACGUCGUAACAUCUGGAUGGACGAAAUUAUCAUCUGAAAUCUCUCAGCUGACUUCUCUGCUCUGGAGUUAUGUGACUGGAGUGUUUUCCAGUAAUGACGAUGAGGAAAUUGAGGUCCCAAAGCUCCCCUACCACAGCGAAAUUCCAAGAAUCCUUUUCUUCGGACUCCUGGGCACAACAUACUUUUUCCUUGCACCAUUAAUACUUCCAUUUCUCUUGAUCUACUUCUGCAUUGGAUACAUCACCUUCCGUAACCAGCUACUAAAUGUAUAUGAACCGAAGUACGAAACUAAUGGAAGGUUUUGGCCAAUAGUACAUGGUUCCACAAUCUUCUCCUUGAUCCUGAUGCAUGUUAUUGCCAUUGGAAUAUUUGGGCUGAAGAAGCUUCCUUUAGCAUCCACUUUAACUGUGCCGCUCCCCAUUCUCACACUUCUCUUCAAUGAGUACUGCAGCAGACGAUUCGUACCCCUAUUUCAAUACUAUCCAACCGAGAGUAUCGUGAAUAAAGAUAAAGAAGACCAAAAUCGGCCGAACAUGGCUGAGUUCUACGAUAAAUUAGUUACCGCAUACUGUGAUCCAGCAUUGUUGCCAGUUCAGUAUGCCAGGAACAACAGCAGCCUCAGUUCUCCCCUUCUACAAUCACAAGUUUGAAGCCAAGUUCUUGUCAUUGUGUGCUGACGUGUAUUCUAAAGUAUCAUGCUGGGUCGAAACUCUACCCAUUGUUGUUGUAUCUUGCGUUUGGGAAAUAAGGAAGCGAUUGUGGUGUGUUAUGUUCUGUAAAUUGUAGCAUCAACUAACAUCUAUGUUCAGUCAAUGCAUCCAUUUGGUAGGCAAAGAAAUCACACUAACAAGCCAUAGAAGGAAAUAGAAAAGAACAUUCCCA